ACGAUUUCAAACCGAGCUCGCGGACAGCAGAAGUUUCCAGUUGCAAGAUUCUGUGAACAAGGAGCUUGGUGGUCAGCCUGGAGAUUGGAAAUUUGUUGUGGACAUAAAGUUCACGUAAUAACUCACUCCUUCCCAACAUCGGUAAGGCACUCACUCCCAGCCUGCCCUGCACUGACCAGUGUAGAGCAGGAGAGGAACAGUGGGAACAUGUUGAACCAAAACUCUGACACUGGCACAUUCCGUUCAGCCAAUCCCCUCAGAAUCCUGAACAGAGGCCCGGAAUAUUUCCGGAAGCAGUUGUGGAGGGGGCCCCCGAGCCUGAGUGCAGUUGAGCGGCUGGAGGCCGAUAAAGUGAAAUAUGUGAAGAGCUCGCAACUAGUCGGAGCCAGGCAGGAGCCAGUGAGGCCAGGCAAACCAGUCUGCCAUAGCCCCAGGAAACCUGGGGGGAGCUGCAGGGCAGACAGAGCAGCCCUGAUCAGAGGCUGCGAUCUUCCAAGUCCAACUAGGAAAGGACCAUACCCUUGCGGACAAGCUGUGAGUUCUGGAUUGGUACACCAGCAAGGCAGCAAUGACCCCGAGCGAGGGAGCAACAGUCUGCAUGCUAGCACCUCUGUGCCACUUUACAGAGGGGUGGUGAGGAGGGUGGACGUCAGACCAAGUGUUUGCAGGCACCUCCGGAAGUGGCCAGCUUCCUCUCCAUCCAAGUCGCAGCUUUCCCCGUACCGAUCCAAUUCUUCUCAGCUGAGUGACCAAAGCUGCCGAACCCAGGAUGAACUCGAGAGGUUCUUCAACCACUGUGGCCUGGAGCCAGAGGAGCUGCAGUCCCCAGAAAUGGAGCAGUUGGCACAGUCCAGCUCGGACAUCCUGUCUCUCAAAUUGCAGAGUGUCAGUGCUUGUAGCUCACAGCGCAGCAAUACAGCAGGGGUGCAGUCGGGAAAGGCCAUCUCAGAGGGAGUCUCCAUCAUUGAACGCAACGCCAGAAUUAUUAAAUGGCUGUACAACUGCAGGGAAGCCAGGGGGCAGGCAGGUUAAGUUGCCUGUGAGAGGAGCAGGAGGAGCUGCUGCUGCUGGUGGUGUUUGGGGCUUGCCUCCCUCUUCCAUGCUCCACCUUGCUUUCCCACUCCAUACCCUAGCCUCCCCUGAUUUCUCACAUGACUCAUUACCUUAUCCAAGGCACCAUCUGUGAACUGUAGAAUUUACUGAAUCUUCAUAGACCAUUUCCUUUGAAGGGUACAGAAUCAUUGCAAUCAAAAUGAAUUGAGCCUUAGCUGUUUGCAUUAGAUUUGUGAAUUACUGAUCAUUGAUGAUAAAUAAUUGGGUCAGAUCAAGAGCCGAAGAUCAGAAAUCAACGGAGUUGAUAAGUACAGAUAGGUAGAGAGAGAGAUAGCCAAGUAUGGACAUUGGUAAAGAAGACCGAACAGGUUUGUGCUGCCAACAAUGGAAGGAGAAAUUGAAGCUAAAAACGGAAUCAGAUGAGGAGAUAACAUUCAUAAAUAGAUGAACAGAGACCUGAAGAAAGAAAAAGCAAGACAACGGCCGCACUAGAGACAACAAAUCAAGGUUCCCUGACAUUGUUGAUAAGUCGGAGCAUAAACUGUUCAUAAAAAAUGUCUGGUUAGUUUGCUGCUUCACAAUGUAUUUUUAUUAAGUAGAAUUUCCUAGGAUUUAAAUUCCACAAACC